GGAUGGUGUGAAUGCUGUGCUAUGUUAAAGAGCUCAAACAAAGCUGUUGGAAGAAGGAAUAGAAAAAAUAGAAAAGGAGCUGCUGGGGUUCUGAAGGGGAGACAGUCCCUGGACUUGUUGCUGUCACCAGUAGAGGUUCUUUUUUGGCUGCUGGAUCCUGGCCAGCCCAGGAGAUAACACCCCCAGGGCCUGCUCCCCUCCUUAUGGGUUUCCUCUUUUUCUGUGCAUACCGCUAGGGCAGUAGUUGCUGCUAGGAGCUGCUGCCACGGGCCAGGGCUAUGGCCGCGGCACCCGGGGAGCGGCUGCGGGAGGAGGCUCGGUGCUCCGUGUGCCUGGACUUCCUGCAGGAACCCAUAAGUGUGGAUUGCGGUCACAGCUUCUGCCUGCGUUGCAUCUCCGAGUUUUGCGAGAAGUCGGACAGCGCGCAGGGCGGCGUCUACGCCUGUCCCCAGUGCAGGGGUCCCUUCAGGCCCGCCAGCUUCAGGCCCAAUCGGCAGCUGGCCAGUCUGGUGGACAGCGUGCGGCAACUGGGGUUGGGUAUUGGACACCCGGGGACGCGUCAGUGUGCGAGGCAUGGUGAGGACCUGAGCCGCUUCUGCGAGGAGGACCAGGCGAUGCUGUGCUGGAUUUGUGACACUAGCCCUGAGCACCAGAGCCACCGCACUGAACCGCUACAGGAGGCUGCCAGCCGCUACCAGAGGAUGCUCCGAGCAGCUUUGGAACUUGUGAGGAAGGAAAUGGAAGAGGCUCUGAUGCAGGAGACCAAUGUGGGGAAGAAGACUGUCAUUUGGAAGGAGAAAGUGGAGAUGCAGAGACAGCGCUUCAGGUUGGAGUUUGAGAAACACCGGGGCUUUCUGGCCCAGGAGGAACAGCUGCAGCUGAGGCGGUUGGAAGAGGAGGAGCGAGCAACCCUGCAGAGACUACGGGACAGCAGGAACAGGCUGGCCCAACAGAACAAGGCCCUGAAGGAGCUAGCGGAAGAGCUAGAAGAGCGGAGCCAGCAGCCAGCGCUGGGGCUGCUGGAGGGAGCUAGAGGAGUCUUGACCAGAAGCAACACUAUCACAAGGCUGGAACCAGAGGCUGUUCCCUUGGAGCUGAAGACAGUGUGCCGCAUCCCUGGGAUGAGGGAGAUGCUGAAGAAAUUCCAGGUGGAUGUGAAGCUGGAUCCCGCCACUGCCCACCCCAGUCUGCUCCUGACGGCCGACCUGCGCAGUGUGCAGGAUGCGGAGGUCUGGAGGGAUGUUCCAAGCAACCCUGAGCGCUUUGAUACCUGGCCCUGCAUCCUGGGCCUGCAGGGCUUCUCCUCUGGGAGACACUACUGGGAAGUCAUCGUGGGGGAAAGAGCAGAGUGGGGGCUAGGAGUUUGCCAAGACUCAGUGCCGAGAAAGGGGGAAACUACACCAUCUCCAGAGAACGGUGUCUGGGCCAUGUGGCUGCUGAGGGGAAGCGAGUACAUGGUCCUGGCUUCUCCCUCGGUGCCUGUGCUUCAAGACGAGCGACCUCGGCGCAUUGGGAUCUAUCUGGACUACGAAGCAGGAGAACUCUCCUUCUACAACAUCACGAAUGGGUCUUACAUCUACACGUUCAGUCAUCUCUUCUCUGGUAUUCUCAAGCCCUACUUUUUUGUCUGUGACACGACUCCUCUUAUCUUACCACCCAUGACAGAAGCAGGACCUGGAAACUGGAUUCCUAGGGGUCUCCUUGAUCUCGCGGCUGCUGUUAGAAGUGAGGAACAUUAAAACCAUCCAGAAGUGCUGUGCUUCACAGGGGUCCUGGAUGGACGGGGAGCACGGCUAUGCCUUGCUUCAGCGAACCACAGCAACUCCAGCUCUGCGGGCCUGUUCUGCAGAAAUUCUCUCUCCCGUGGGGACUACGGAGUGGAUCCAGGGUGGUUCGCAUACUGAGGCACUAUAUGGAGUGAGUGACUUCGACAGGGCAGCAGCCUCAUCAAACCCUGUUGAUAGAGGUCACAUUUUUCCUUGGUGCAUGUUCACAGUAAUAAGCUAGAAUUAAAUGAGAUUGCCCGUUCAUUCUCAACAGUCCUCAUAAUGGGAUUUAAGAAUAUCAAUUCUACUCGUUUCUAUUUGCUUUAUUUUUGAGAUACAGUCUUCCUGUAUAGCCAAAGCUGUCCCCAAACUCUUGCCUCAGUGUCCUGGGUGCAGGUGUGCACCACAAUGCUUGGCUGAGAAAUGAGAUUGCUUCAAAAAUAACUGGAUAUUAUUCUAGUGAAACCCAUAAUUCUGAAACUUUUUUAUUUUCCUUUAUUGAUUUCAUUCUCCCUCUUUUGCUUUGUCUCAUCCUGCUUAGUCUUACAG